UUGCCGACGUGUUCGGUUGUCGUUUCUGGAUGUUGGAGUCCCCCAAAAACAAGUUCCUCUAAACAUCAACAGAAACCAAGUGCACAUAUAAUUAUAAUUCUCUCUUAUCAACAAACAUAUCUUAAAGUGGAAAAAAACUGCGAUGGUUUGCAAAAUCGCCAGUUGUUUGGCACUUCUUCUCGUAUUUGCCCUCCACAAUGUAGAAGGGCGAAAUAUUAAGCCCCAGGCGGAGGAGGAGGAGGAGCAACCGGCUUCCCAAUGCGGUUAUGCGAGUUGCCAUCCCACUAAGCCAAAUAUGUUGAAUGUACAUCUUAUAGCUCAUACCCAUGACGAUGUGGGUUGGCUUAAAACUGUUGAUCAAUAUUAUUAUGGCAGUGAGACGAGAAUUCAAAAGGCUGGUGUACAAUAUAUUAUUGAUUCCGUUGUCGAAGCUCUACUGAAAGAUCCAGAGAAACGUUUCAUCUAUGUGGAAUCGGCUUUCUUCUUCAAAUGGUGGAAAGAACAGAAACCCAAGGUGCAGGAGGCUGUCAAAAUGUUGGUCGAUCAAGGAAGACUCGAAUUUAUUAGCGGUGCUUGGAGUAUGAAUGAUGAGGCUACCACACAUUAUCAGAGCGUUAUCGAUCAAUUUGCCUGGGGCUUAAAACUUUUAAAUGAUACCUUUGGCGAAUGUGGACGUCCACGUGUUGGUUGGCAAAUCGAUCCAUUUGGCCAUUCCCGAGAAAUGGCUUCAAUGUUUGCCCAAAUGGGUUUCGAUGGCAUGUUCUUUGGACGUUUGGAUUACCAAGAUAAAGAUGAGCGUCUUAUGACCAAAAAUGCUGAAAUGAUUUGGCAUGGUUCCGCCAAUUUAGGAGAGACAGCUGAUCUGUUCAGUGGAGCCCUGUAUAAUAAUUAUCAAGCACCCGAUGGCUUUUGUUUUGAUAUUCUAUGCAGUGAUACACCCAUUAUUGAUGGCAAACAUAGUCCUGACAAUAAUGUCAAGGAGCGUGUCGAUGCAUUUUUUGAAUUUGUCAAUAAAAUGGCUACGGGUUAUCGUACACCCAAUUUACUUAUUACCAUGGGUGAGGAUUUCCAUUAUCAAAAUGCUGACAUGUGGUAUAAGAAUCUGGAUAAACUCAUAAUGUAUGCCAAUGAACGUCAGGCAAAUGGUUCGAAUAUAAAUCUACUUUACUCGACACCAUCUUGUUACCUGAAAUCAUUGCACGAUGCUGGCAUCGUUUGGCCAACCAAAUCCGAUGAUUUCUUCCCCUAUGCCUCUGACCCACACGCAUAUUGGACCGGCUACUUUACAUCGCGUCCGACUUUGAAGCGUUAUGAACGUGAUGGUAAUCAUUUCCUGCAGGUCUGCAAGCAAUUAAGUGCUCUGGCACCUACAACUUCAGCCGAAUUCGAUGCGCAUUUGUCGUUUAUGAGGGAAACAAUGGGCAUUAUGCAACAUCAUGAUGCCAUUACGGGUACUGAGAAGCAAAAGGUCGCUCUGGACUAUGCCAAACGUUUGAGUGUGGGUUUCGAUGCAUGCUCAACCAAUAUUAAAUCGGUUUUAAAUCAACUAUCUGAUGGUCCUGUUGAAGCCAAGGCCACUAGACCACGUGCAGCCUUCGAGUUUGAGUUCAAAACUUGUUCCCUACUGAACAUUAGCAGUUGCGAAAUUUCAGAGAAAACUGAUAAAUUCACUCUAACACUCUACAAUCCAUUGGCCCAUUCAACAAGCGAGUAUGUGAGGGUCCCAGUAUCUGAUUACAAUUAUGUUGUCACAGAUAAUAAUGGUGCAACUGUAAUCACUCAAGUGGUGCCUGUGCCUACGGAAGUUAUAGAUAUUUUCCACAGAGAAUCAAGUGCUAAAUAUGAAUUAGUUUUCUUGGCCUCCAAUCUGCCUCCAGUUGGCUAUAGAUCAUAUUUCAUUGAAAAGUCUGAGAACCGCAACAACUUUGCAAAACCACAAGCUCAACCCAAGAAAAGAUCAAGUCUGACUGUUAUCGGUAAUGAGCAUAUUGAAUUGACUUUUGAUACCAAUGGCUUUCUCACAGAAGUCACAGCUGAUGGCCUGAAUCGUUUGAUUAGCCAAGAAUUUUUAUACUACGAAGGAGCUGUUGGAAAUAAUGCUGAGUUUUUGAAUCGUUCAUCUGGUGCCUAUAUUUUCCGACCCAAUGAGGAUAAAAUUGUCCCUGUCGCUACUCAAGUGACAAUCGAAGUAUAUAAGGGCGAUUUGGUUGAGGAAGUUCAUCAGAAAUUUAAUGAUUGGAUAAGUCAAGUAGUUAGAGUAUAUCACAAAAGCAACUAUGCUGAAUUCGAGUGGUUGGUUGGUCCAAUUCCAAUUGAUGAUGAAAUUGGCAAAGAAGUUAUUACACGUUUCAAGUCCGAUAUCGAAUCAAAUGGCAUAUUUUACACAGACUCAAAUGGUCGCGAAAUGUUGAAACGGAAACUCAACCAUCGCGAUACUUGGGAUGUUAAGAUAGCCGAAGCUGUUGCUGGCAAUUAUUAUCCUAUUACAACUAAAAUCGCCUUGGAGGACGAAACCGCUCGCAUGGCCAUUCUGGUGGACAGAGCCCAAGGAGGCAGCUCUCUGCAAGAUGGUGCUCUCGAACUUAUGGUGCAUCGUCGUUUGCUGAAAGACGAUGCAUUUGGUGUGGGAGAGGCCCUCAAUGAAACCGAAUAUGGCGAUGGACUGGUUGCCCGCGGAAAGCAUCAUUUGUUUGUUGGUUUGUCCAAGCAGCGUGAAGGUGUCUCUCUUAAAGCACUUGAACGUCUUGUUCAGCUGGAGACCUUAUUACCCUCCUGGAAGUUAUUCAGUAAUGCUGAACCUCUGAGUGUUGAUGAGUGGCGCAAUUCGUUUACAAAUAUCUAUAAUGGCAUUUCCGUUGUCCUGCCAAAGUCCCUGCACUUGUUGACUCUGGAACCUUGGCAUGAUAAUCAAUUGCUUGUCCGCUUCGAGCACAUUAUGGAAAAGGGAGAGGAUGCAUAUUACGCCAAGGCUGUUCAAUUGAAUAUUAAGGAUGUGCUUAGUGCUUUCGAGAUAGAAGAUGUCCGGGAAACCACACUCGAUGGUAAUGCUUGGUUGGAUGAGACCCAGCGUAUGCAAUUUGUAGCCGAAUCAACUGCAGAAUCAUAUGAUUCGUAUGCAACAUUUUCGAAAUCUGGUAAAUCUGUGCAUUUACUUAGUGCUGACAAGCCAUUGCUCGAAGUCAAAUAUUCCGAAGAGGGCAUACCAGCAGGUUCCUUGGGUGCUGAAAGCAAUCGUAUAAAACGCGAUCUAGACGAUAAUCAAGUAAAUGGCAUUGACAUUGAGCAAUUAUCGGAAAAAGAGAUUUCAAAGUAUGUUAUUGAAAUCAAUCCAAUGGAGAUACGUACUUUUAUAGUUUUUUUGGCCACAAACUAGAUUAUUAAUGAUAUUUUUUUAACCAUUUUAAUAUUAAAUGUAAUGAUUUGAAUAA